AUGGAUCUCUCAACCUGGGCACUGCCACAGCUAUCAAAGCUUCUGCCUCUUGACGAGGAGUCAUUGAAGCAGAUAAUAUCCUAUACGGAAUCGCUAUCACACAACGAGUCAGCGGAUCAUCUACAGAACCUACUGGGGGACAGCCCACAAGCAAUCGAGUUUAUCACCUCGUUCAACAACCGGAGAAAACCAAAAGCCUCCGGUAUCUCUUCCCAGUCGCUGCCAUCAAAUAAUGUAUCAGAAGUACCAAGAGCCAAGCCAAAGAAGACGAAGCCAGGUUUGAACAAACUUCCGCCACCACGGCAGCCAGACAACUAUGGAAAUGUUUCUGGCGCAUACAUCAAACCAGAUGAAGAAGACUAUAUGGCUGCGGCGAAGAAACUUCCGGGUCAGUUGAUCUCUGACACGAAACCAAAAGCGAAAGCGAAGGUCAAUGUCACUGGUGGAACGCCCAUGCACGGUGCCUCUACAGCGCUCAAUGAUCUAGAGUCUGCGAUCAGAGCGCUCGAGAUCCAGACGAACCCUACACUUGCCUCGCAAGACAACAGCAAGCGAAAGUGUAACUGUAUGGCCACUAGACAUCCACUGCUCGAAGCUGCGCCAAAUUGCCUAAACUGCGGCAAAAUCAUCUGCGUAAAAGAAGGCAUCGGCCCAUGCACAUUCUGCAACUCGGCCUUGUUCAGCGCACAAGACAUCCAAUCCAUGGUACGCGUCCUCCGCGAAGAGCGCGGGAAAGAAAAAAUGGCCGCCAACAACGCCAACCAAAAGCGCGCCGACGUCUCCCUCGCUCCACGCCCAUUCUCAACCCCCCGUGCAACAACACCCGUAUCCUCAAACCCUGCUUCAGACGUCGAAUCUGAGAACGAGAAGCUCGCAAAAGCAAAACAGCACAGAGACAAACUUCUUGCGUUCCAAGCCCAAAACGCCAAACGAACCCAAGUUCACGAUGAAGCUGCCGACUUUGAGACUACGACGGCCGGACUGAGCAUGUGGGCUAGUCCCCAGGAACGUGCUAUGCAACUCAAGCGGCAGCAAAAGGCACUGCGAGAACAGGAUUGGAAUGCGCGCCCUGAGUACGAGAAACGGAAGGUUGUUGCCAGUAUCGAUCUCUCUGGGAAGAAGCUCGUCAAGCGUAUGGCUGCUACCGAGAGGCCGGCCACACCGGAGAGCGAAGACGAACCACCUGAGUCUAUGCAACGACCCCAAGAGGGGAAUACGCUAUCGAGUGGAAGUGGGGCUUUCAGCAAGAACCCGCUGUUGGGCGGCUUGAUAAGGCCGACGAUCAAGGUUGAAGAAAGUAAGGGGAAAGAGAGUGGAGGGGAAAGGAGGCAGACCUGGCGACGCGUUCAAGAUGAUAAUGAUGACAAUGAGCAGUGGAUCUUGGAUGGUGGCGUCUAUGGUUCAAGAGCGGACAACGUGAGCUUGGAGAUGGACGGUUUGAGAUGA